GGCCCGCGCGCCCCGCGACCGAGGAGGAGUUCUCUCCAGCCGGGCUAGACCAUGAGCGAUGACUUAAGUCCAUGGGACAACAUCACUGCCAGUCCCACGACAGUGUCCGGAUCGGUCAGCCCCCAGGAUGGCUCUGGGUUGCUGCUUGUCUUGCUUUCUGUCUUCAUUGGGGGGACGCUGGUGGUGUUGUCAGGAGCCCUGAUCCUCUGCCGGCGCUGCUGGGAUGCCCACCGCAGGUACUCCAGAGCCAGCGAUGACCCAGAGAAGACAACCACCACCUACCUGGAUGACUCCCAGCCUGCUCAAGACAUCACCAUCAAAGUGGAUGACCCAGAAUGCCUGUCAUCCUCCAGUUAUCGCGAUGUGGACACCGAGCGCUUCCUGGCCACCAGCUCCACUGGCCGCAGGGUCUCCUUCAAUGAGGCAGCCCUGUUUGAGCAGAGCAGGAAGGCCCAAGAGAAAGGGCGGAGGUACACCUUGACAGAGGGUGACUUUCACCACCUCAAGAAUGCCCGUCUCACCCACCUCCACCUGCCCCCACUGAAGAUUGUCACCAUCCACGAGUGUGACUCGAGCGAGAACAGUGUCGCCAUGACUCCCCGCCUGGUCUCUGGCUCCAAGACCAGUCUCUCUAUCUUCCAGCCCCGGGUCAGCGCCCCGGCCCCGAAGGCCCUCACCGGCCACUCCAUGUGCCCCAGCUCCGCCCUGCCAGGGGACCCCUACAACUCCACCGUGGACACAGCCAGCUUCGUGGAGGCCAGCCCGUCCUCGUCCACCGACUCUGGGGAGGGCACCUCGCUCGAUGCCGGUGCCAGGAGCUCCGUGGCAGGUGCGGUGGGGGGCAGGACGGGGGAGGCCGGGCCAGCUGCAGGCUCGGGCACCGUCCUGCAGUUCUUCACUCGACUCCGGCGACAUGCCAGCCUCGAGGGGGCCAGUCCCUACUUCAAGAUGAAGAAGUGGAAACUUGAGGCCAGUCACCGAGCUUCCAGUUUGGACACCAGGGGCUCUCCCAAGCGCCAUCAGUUUCAGCGGCAGAGGGCGGCCAGUGAGAGCAUGGAGCAGGAGGACCGAGACCCCCACCAGACUGAUAUCAUUCAGUACAUCGCCCACACGGACGACGUGGCAUUCCAACCUCUGGCUGGCCCCGCCAGCCCUCCACCCACUCUCGGCAGGCUAGAGCCGCCGGAGGUGUCGGGGACAGCAGCGGCAGCAGCAGCGGUGGGUGCCGCCGGCGGGGUCCCCGAGUCCCCCCAGGAGAGAAGCAGCAGCAGCAGCAGCAGUAACGGGGUUGAGCAGCAGCAGCAGCAGCACCAGCAGCAGCAGCAGGCCAUGUAUCGGGACAUCUGGAGCCUGCGGGCCUCUCUGGAGCUGUGCGCCGCGGCGUCGGACCAGAGCAGCGGCAACGACCAGGACUCGGUCCGGAGCGGGGACAGCGCGGGCUCGGCUGGGGCCGGCCCCGGGGGGCCCCUCGUGCAGUCUCACGAGCUGGGCGACGCGGAAGCGGAGCGGGAGGCGCAGGAAGAGGCGCAGGCGGAUCGGGCCGGGCCCGGGACCGGCUCCGGCUCCGGCUCCGGCUCCGGCUCCGGCUCCGGCCCCGGCCCCGGGGAAGGGGGCGAAGCGGGGCCCCGCAAACUGCUGCAAAUGGACAGCGGCUACGCGUCCAUAGAGGGCCCCGGGCGCGCCGGCGACGAGGCCGCCCCAGCCACGGCGUCCGAGAAGCGCUUCUGCUUCACGAGCGCCGGGCGCACGGGCACCGUGUUCGACAGCUUCGAGGCCGCGCUGGCGGCGGCCGAGGCCGAGCCGGAGCCGGAGGCGGAGGCGGAGGCGGAGGCGGAGGCCGAGCCGGAGCCCGAGGAGGAGCCGCGGGGCGCGCACGGGCGGCUGCUGCUGCGGGCCUGGCCCCCGCACGGGCAGCUGCUCCUCCCGGCCCCCGCCGUCGGCCUCGCGACCCCCGCCGGCCCCUCCGCCGCCGUCGCCGCCGCCGCCGUCGGCCCCGUCCCCGGCCUGGCUCCCGUUCCCGGCCUGGCUCCCGGCCCCGGCUUGGCCCCCGUCCCGCUGCCCCGGCGCGACUACAGCAUCGACGAGAAGACCGACGCGCUCUUCCACGAGUUCGUGCGCCAUGACCCGCAGUUCGACGAGGGCCCGCGGCCUCGCCACCGCUCCCGGGCUCACGCGCGCAAGCAGUGGCAGAGGACGCGGCAGCACAGCGACCCCGGCGCCCGAGCCGCGCCCCCGCACGCCCCGCCGCCUGGGCCCCCGUCCCCGCUGCAGCCGCCGCCGCCGCCGUCCGCGCCCCACGUGGCCGGCGCGCCCGAGCGUCCGCGCGCCCCCUUGCGGCGCGGAGACAGCGGCCCCCCGGACGCCCGCGGCUUUCACGGCCCGCUGCCCCGCAUCGUGAGCUCGGGCGACGAGGACGCUGCAGACGAGCCGGUCCCGGGCCCCGGCCCGGCCCCGGGCCGCGCGCGUUCGCGCUCCCCGCCCGCGCCGAUCCAGGCCAUCGCCGAGGAGGAGCCCGACGCCCCGGGAGGCCCCGAGAUGCUGCUGGCGGACAAGGUGGCCGCGGGGCUCGAGGACCGCCUCUUCCCGGGCUGGCGGCGGAGGCCCGGGGACGGCGCCGAGCCCCCUGCCCACGGCCCCGCCCCGGUGGUGGCGGCGGCCGCGCCCACGUCCCCGGACCCCAGCCCGGUGUAG